AUUGGUCAGAAAAGGAGGAGGGAAGAACCAUGGCAAACAUCCACUGGGCUGCAAUACAUGUACCUGUAUUCCGCUACUUUGUGUAAAAACGCUAUGCAAACCUAUCCGGGCAUAACUCUUCCACAUGUUGGUGCUGUGGGUGUGAACUUCAAGUUAGGACUUGCAACGUUUAACACUGGAUAGAUAUGUCAGCUUUAUAACUCUGGUGUUUUUUAUCUCGUCUGUUCUGGAUGCAGUUAUACAAUAGUCGGCAGUGAAAAUGCAUGUGUUUAAAAGCGAAACGAAAAAAUAUACGCGUUUACGCUGAGUCACAACGGGACGAAAAUAGACAUUGCUUAACAACAGGACUUUCGAUUGUCACCGUUUUAAUACAAGUUCAUUUCUAGUGCAAUAUGGAAACUUGUGAGAUAGCGGUCGAUCAAGAUCAAAACCAAAACGAUACAAUCAAGACAAAAUCAUGUUUCGACAGGGCGUUUUCAUCUAUGACAGUGGACGAUGUGUAUGACAUCGCUAAAGUGGUCGGAUCAGAAGUGGAGAAACUCAUCGACAGCUACGGAAAGGCGAGUGUGGAGGGUUUGGUGUCUCACAUAGUGAAGGUGUUGGAGCUCUUGGAGAGUUUCGCGGCAAGAAAUCAAGCUCAUAAAUGUAAAGAAGAGGAACUAUUAAAGGCCUUUGAAACGCUACAGGUACAACAGCAGAAGAAACGACAUGUGAAGAACUGCGAUGAGACCAGAGUCAACGCGGAGAGUCAUGACUGGCAUCAGAAAGAGCAGAGACUGAAGCAGACUGUAGAUGGGUUGCAGGCUCAGGUUCUUCAGCUCAAGGAAGAGAACCAGGAGCUUCUAAACCACUUGCAAUGUACACACUCCAAAGAAGAUCGGACACAGCGUCAGGAAAGAGAGGUGAUGCUCAAGCUGAAGGAAGUGGUAGAUAAGCAGCGCGAUGAGAUACGAGCGAAAGUUCAGGAGAUUUCCACCAUGUCCAAAGAAGUUGAAGCGCUCCAGGAGCAGCAGGACCGGCUAAUGAAGAUAAACACAGAGCUCAGACACAAGCAGAACAUCUUACAGACUCAGAUGAAGAGCGCAGUGGAGAGGAGGGCCGACCUGGAGACUGACGUUUGUGAGAAACAGAAGGAGAUAGAGCGCCUGACCUUACAGCUGGAGAAAGCCAGCGUGCUUACUGCUGCUAACAAUAGUUCAGCCAUUGACCUCACAGAUAAGAUGAUCAUUGACUUGAAGGAUCCAAAUCGACCGUGUUUUACCAAGCAGGAAGUACGGGAUAUGCUUUAUGAGAGGAAUGAGUUGAAAGCCAAUCUCUUCCUGGUGAAAGAGGAGCUUGCUUAUUACCAAAGGGAAAUCCUGAAUGACGAGAGAUGCCCAGGUUUCUUACUUGACGCUGUACGCUCUGCCAUAAAGAAACAGAGGACCGUCAUCAAGUCUAAAAUGCUUGGCAUACCUGUUAGCGAAUGCAGCACAGAUGAGACAGAUGGUCCACUGUUUGAAAGGAGCGUAAAUGAAGACAAUGACACCGACAGCACUGACGACAGGCCCCAAGAGUCACGCAUCAGAAACCUAUUUGGCUUCCUGACACUCUCCAGUAUUACUAGGAGCUCUGGUUCCCAGACCUCCGGCCUUCCCAUAUCCAGCUCCACAUGGGAAAUCAUCAAUCCAGAUGAGCAGGAAGAUGAGGAGACACAAUCCCUCCACUCCUCGUGAGAACAAGCCCACAUACUGUAUCACUCAAUCUCACCCACCAGAGACUGCUUGUCUAGAUUGUAGGCAGCAUCAGAAAUUAACUUGAGCCCCCUAGAGUUGAUUUUCUGGGGCAUCAGUCCUGAUUCAUUUUUAACCUUUGUUGGAAAAAGAGAAUGGAGAUUUUUUUUUAUUAAAUGUUGUUGAUCUUAUUUAGGUUUUAAACAAGGAAAUGGGCUGAAGAUUGUAUUGAGAGAAAAUGAUUAACAGUGUAAUGGGUUACAAACACGGUAUUGUAAUAGUUGUAAUAGUUGUUGCCUGUGCAGUCAAAAAAAAAAAUGUUUUUUUUUAAAUAAGUUAACUUUUGUUAACUUACCCGAUAGAGUAGUGACUGAUGGUCAUUCAAGUGCCGGCCUGAAGAUUGGACUGUCAGUCACAGAAUACUUGUUACUUUGGUGAAGUGUUCAUUUUUUAUGUUAAAUAUGUUUUACUAUACCAGUUUAAUAUGCAGAGACAACUAUAAGUAAGCCAUUUGUAUAGGUUGUCUGCCCCAAAGAAUGGUUUUGUUCGUUUUUAAAAAAUUGCUCUGUUUUUUGUAGUUUUUUUUUGAGCAGGCCUAACAACUUCUGCCUCAUCCAGUGGUGUGCAUUUGGGGCAGGACUAUCUGUAAUAAGAUGUUAGCGGAGAAGGAUAUAGCUAAAGGCUGAGCUCCAAAAAGGCGCAGGAGCGGCAAAUUGCCAGAAAAGAAAUACAGAGCCCCUAACCUAACCCUGUCCCUAACCCUAACCGGAUGUGGAAGUGUUGCCCUCUCUUGUAGCUGGCCCAACCCCCUUCUGAAGUAACCCCGUCCCCAUCUGGAGUUACCCCACCGUCUUUUGGAGAUUCCGCUUCUAUUCGGAGAUCUCUGGUCUGCAGCUGUACCUACUUGGUUUUAAUUGACUAGUUUUCUGCGAUGGGCGAAAGAUGCCAUCCGUUGUUCCUGGCAGGCUACUCUGCCUUACAGACUCCAUAUGGUUAGGUUUAAGGUGAGGGCAGGGGCGGGAUUAGGGUGUCUGCUUCCUGCCAGGAACAGACUGUGGCCCCUAGGUACAAUGGGCCUAGUUUUCUGAAUAAUGGAAGAUGGGCAGGGUGGUAGAAGUGUUUGGGAAACCUGUCUGGAAACAAUCCUUAUUUUUGCAAUUCUGUUUCGAGCAACUAGUGGCACAGAAAUGACAUAUAUCACCUUGAAAGACUGCAUACUGGGAGAACUUAAAAACAAUUGGAGCGAUGUGCAGUGUUUUAAUAAUCAUAAUGCACCUGGCACUAGUGCAUUAUUGACCACAGAUGUCAAGGUAGACUCGUUUCUAAUUUGCUCUUAAGGUACAGAGAAUUUUAGCAGUUAUUUUUUUAUAGAGUAUAUUUAAUAUUGAUUUUAACCAAAGAUACUGGUAUGUAUUUCCGUCACUAUCAGUGAUAAUCACAGUGACCCUUUUAUGUCACAAGGGGGCAUUAGAGUAUUUUUCCACUAUUUUUUUCUUAGAAAACAUUUGCUGUCCCUAAUUAAGUGUCAGUUUUGUAUCUUUUUAAAGGAUGCUUUUAGCAUGCCCAUGUGUAUAAUUCUGAUUUUAAAUAUUUUAAUUAAUUAGUAGGUGACUAAAUAAUUUGCAUCCAACAUUUGGUUACAUUAAUCAAUGUCAGCACUGUGGAGCUCUGAGUCCAUUUGUUCAUGUAAACUCAUGUUGACCUGAUGUUAAAAAGCAAUAAAAACUGUGUAAGAAGAAAAGAAUGCAAUGCCUAAA